GUGAAACUACCUCCAUCUACGAGUGUUUCCAAGCGUACAAGAGGAUGCUUGUGGCACACAGCCAUGCAGCCUUCGCAACGGCGUCCUCGUCCUCGCAGGAUGGAGAUCCCUCCAUGGCGACGCUGGGGGUCUUCCGCUCGGCGGAUGUGCGAUUGCUCACCGACUUUGUCACAGGAGCUUUGUUCCAGCAAUUCCUCCUGUACCAAUGUGUCCUGAUUUGUCCACAGGACUCGGUAACAUCUUACACAGAGGUGGAGCUUCUUCAGCCAUUACCCCCACCAGACCUCAAGAAAGCUGUGUCUAAAAAGAAGGCAGCCCAGGCAAAAGCAGGGCAUGCCAAAAAAGCCUAUGCAGCAAGGUCCAAAGGGACGACCUACACGGAGGUCUCACCGGAGGACGCAGAGGCGGAAACCGAAGGUGUUUCCUUGGAUCAAACCUUCUCGCAGUUCCCUAAGGACUUGACCAUCGAUGAACAUCAUGAAGAGAGUACCAAAGCGGCUGAGGUUAAGAGUCAAUUUCAGUGGUCAAUUCUCAGCAUUGAACGCACCUGCCACAGCAGCCUGUCCAGCCUGCCGCGCAAUGCAGGACUUAGCCCAGCCGUCCUGAAAUUGGACUGGAGGGCCAGGCACGCGCCAAAGCUGGAAUACACUUGUGCUGCAGCACCCAUCAAAGCCUGCUGCACAGCACUUUGCAAAGAGAAGACAGCAAGGCACCCCUUGGAUUCUGGGCCUUUCAACCUUGAUCGCGGCUGGUCGGCCUUUGCGUCCUGUGGCAGCGAGCCUGAGACGGAAAAACCAGAAGUUUUGUUGUGGGAGAAUCAUUUGACAGAGGAUGCCUCGCUUCUGAAAGUUCUUAUGAUUUCAACACUCUUUGACUCUGACAAGGAGCACUAUGGUCAGUCGCGGAACUAUUUUGAAGCAUUAAUUCAGCAGGGAGCUGUACGGGUGAAUGGCCAGCAACGGAAAAAGUCCUUCAAGAAGUUUCGCAGUGGCGACGUCAUUGAUGUUCGCUUCCUGGUGGAUAUUCGAACGCUGCCUUUGGAGCCAGAUAUCCUUUAUGAAGAUGAUGAACUUCUAGUGAUCAACAAAGCUGCAGGUUUGGUGGUUCACCCUGCGCCCGGCAAUUGGAACGGGACCUUGGUGAAUGGUGUGCUGCAUCACCUGGGUUUUGCCUCUUCCGAGCUCAGCACCUUACCCAACGCGGCGGAGCUGCGUCCGGGCAUCGUGCAUCGCUUGGAUGUGGGCACCACCGGGGUCAUUGCGGUGGCCAAAACGGUUUCCAGCUACUCGGUCCUAAGCCAGGCAUUUGCCCAACGAGAAGUGCAAAAGACCUACCUGGCGGUGGUGCUGGGAGGGCGCAAAUCCUUUUUCGGACAUCCCAAAGGCAGUGGACAUCGCGUGGAGAAGGCCAUUGGCCGUUCCACCACGGAUCGCCGCUUGAUGACCACGCUGGACGGCGGGCGCCCUGCGCUGAGCUUCGUCCGCGGCAUCGCCCGGGAGAAGGAGCUGCUGCUGGUGGAAGUGAAGCCACGAACUGGCAGGACACAUCAAAUUCGCGUUCACCUGGCUGAUGAGCAUUCGCCAAUCCUGGGAGAUACUGCAUAUGGUUGGCACCAUAUGAAUCGGCGCUAUGCUCAAUUGGCACAGCGACCCAUGUGACUUGAAAUUUGCCACUGUGUAGGUGCUGGAAUCCGCAGGGAGGAGCUCCACGCCUUCGAGCUCUCCCUGCAGCAUCCCAGCACUGCGGAGCGCCUCACCUUUCGGGCCCCGCUGCCGGAGGACAUGCGGCAGCUGAUCCGACGCAUGCAGCCGGAAGUGGGUGAAUCUUUGGAUGAGUUCUUGUCGUAAAA